AUGGAGCAUAUCGCUAAUAAAUCUCAAUUUGAAACAAUCAUUAAACUUAUUAGAGGAACAUACUAUUGGUUAGUUUAGGAAAAAUUUCUAAAAUUAUUCAAAUCGGUUUUUCAGGGGAGAAUGGACCAUGGAGAAUGAUCAAUUCCAUUUGGUAAAGAUGUCGUCUGAACAAUUGGAUUGUCAAGGAUCCAAACUUAUUGUCUUAAUGGAAGAAUCAUUGAAAAAUCUCAUUGGAGUUAUUAAAGUAAGUAUUAAGAGUUAUUUAUUCUAGAAAAGAACUCAUUAUAUUUCAGAUUGAUCCAAAUAUUUGUUAUGAAGACAAUUCAAAAUUUGUCGAUAAAUGCAUGCAAGUGUGCGAUCAUUAUGAAUUGAUUAUUGAAAUGCACCAAGAUACUGGAUCAACAUUAUUCAAUUCUGAUGAAACGGUUCGAAAUCCGGUACGUUUAUACUUUCAUCAAAAUGUUUAAUAGUGCAUUUUUUGAAAAAAUCAAACCGUCAUUAGAAUUGAAUAAAAAAAUUAUAAUAUUGCAACAAAUUUCCAACUUUCUCAUUUUCCAGUUCUCACUUUUCCAAUACAGGUCGGAUCUUAAAAAAAAAACAUUUGAGACUAAAAAUUCAAGAUUUUCAAUGAAAUUGACAUUUGAAAAUUUGGAACAUUUGAAAAUUUGGAAUAAAACUACAAUUAUGAAAAAGAGCAAUGUUCCGUUUCCCAUCCGCCAACAAAAUCAUUCAUUUUCCAGACAUUGUUAUCUGCAAUCGAAAGACGUGAAACCGUCCAGCCAAUUGAACAACAAAUUGGACAAAUUGACAAAGAAGAAUUUUAUGCAUCACUUGUUGAUCGAACUAUGAGUGUUGAACAAAAAUUGGAGCAGAAAUUGAAUCAAAACUCGGAAAUGGAUAGAUUGAAAAAAUUAUUCAACCAAAAAGCAACAAUAGCGGAAAAAGUGAGUUUACUUUCGAAUAACUAUGGCCAUUUUUUGAAUUGGUCUGAAGAAAUUGGGCCAGGUUUAAUUAAGUGAAUCCGAUUUAGAAGGAUUUUUGAAACGAACCAUGGUGAAAUAUUUUCAAUACAUUUUUUUUGCACCUGGCCCGAUUCAAAAUUUAUUUUGCCAAUUAAAAAACAAACAUUUUCAGAUGGAUAUUGUUCGGAUGUUGAAGAAAGCGGAUUGGACUCUAGAGGACAUGGUUUAUGUCGACCUCAAACCUCGAUUGGGAAAUAAUAUUUUCGACGUGAGUGUACAAUAUUUCGAAAAAUAUUCUCAAUUAUUAUGUUUUUCAGAAAUUGUGGUAUGUGUGGCGGUUUGAGUCGGAUGAAACAUUUCGCAGAAAACUCAUCGAUUUGUCGACAGAUUAUAUUAUUUCAGUUGAUUUGCUGAAAAUAAUUGCGCCCAUGUACAAUGAACAAUUGUACGAUGACGUCAAUUUUUGGUUGGACAAGUUGAGUUCGGAGACUAAUUCGUCUAAAAUUGUUGAUGUGAGUUUAAAAAUUACCUUUUUAUAAUUUUGAUCAAAACUUGUUUUUUAAGGAAAUUCGGGCUUUACGAAGAGAGAAAAGAGAGGAGAAGCAGAAAAAUGAGAAAAAGCCGAAAAAGGAGAAAAGAAAGUGAGUGAAAUCACUUCCACUAUUCAAUCGUCUUUGGGCCAUGAUCAAUUUAUUUGCUCUUUAAUAUUAUUUUUCGUGUUUUUAAUAAAACUUGGUCGCUUUUCAAAAAAGAUUUAAAAAAUUAAUUAUAUAUUUUGCAAUAAAAAAACUUACACUUUUCCAUUACAAAAAAAACAAAGAAUUCGAUGUUCAAACAUAGUUAACUCGAAAUCGAUCGAAUUCCGCAUCACAGUCCUCAAGAACUUGAAAUUUUCAUAUUUUUCUUCUGUUGAGAAUCGUCGAAAUUCAUCUGGAAAUUUGAAAAUUUCACGAAAACCUGCUCCAGAAGCUGAAAAAGCUCGAAAACCUGUUGGAAGACCAAGAUCGAAAACUGUUAGAGCUCAAAAAUGUGCUGAAAAUGAGGCGAAGUCUGAAAUUGCUGAAGAUAGUCAAAUAUCAUCUGGAAAAGCUGAAAAUUCAUCAAAUUCUGCUCCAGCGCCUGAAAUUCAACCUAGAAAUGCUGAAAAUCCUCGCACAUCUGCUCCGGGAGCUGAAAUUAUGGUCAAAAAAGGUUGGAAGAGCAAGAUCGAACUCUGUUAGAGCUCCAGAAUCUGCUCCAGAGCCUGAAAUUGCUCCAGAAGCUGGAAAUUGUGAAGUCAAACUCGAAAUAUCUGAAAAUCCACAAAAAUUGACUGAAAAUGUUGUAGAAGUGAAACUGGAAAUUGAGGAAGCGGAAUAUUCGAAUUUUGAAGUCAAAAUGGAAAUUGAGGAAAAUGAAGAAGCUGAAUAUCCGGGAAUUUUGAAAAAAGUGAGUUUUUUGAGCUGAAAAUUCGUGAUUUUCAGAUUUUUUGGGUCUAGAAAAUGUAAAAUUAUCUGAAAAUUCGAAAAUUUUAGAUUUUCAGCUCAAAAUUCAAAAUUUUUAUUUAAAAAUUUAAAAAUUUCAAAUUUUUUGGAUCUAGAAAAUGUAAAAUUAUCCGGAAAUUUAAAAAUUUCCAAAUUUUUACACAAAAAAUCAUAAAAAAUGUUCCAUCUGCUGACUAUUGACUUCAAAAAAUUCCACCAAAAAUCUUCAAUUUUUUCUAGUUCCUCUACGACGAGAAUAAUCCAUUCGUAAUCUGCUCUCGCAAUUUUGUCCCAUUAUAUCGUGGUCAACCAUUGUACAAAUGCUCAUUCUGCAGAGCAUCGUAUUCCGAAGGUUUGGAAAGCGAAUUGUGCGUGCGAUGUUUGUCAGAUAUCCAAAAUUGGCAAAAAUGUAUUGGGAUUGAGAAUUUCAACAUUAAACAAUUAAAUUCCUUUCAAUUCAAAUGUGUGAUGAUAAUUAAUUAA